CUUCAGAUGGCAGUUGUCUACAAUACCUGGAACAUAUCGGUGGGACGCUUAGGUAAUAAAUUUCAACGGACACGUCACUAUAACAGGUGAUAACAACAAUGUCCCCAAUUACACGUAUCUUGGUCCUUAUGCUCGCCAUGGGCGGCGGAAUGCUCUACAAGAAGUUCUCCGAUAUCUGGGGCGAUGUAGAAGCACCCAAAUUACCCUUAAAUCAAUGGUGGGGUGAUGAAGAAGAACCCAAAGACUGGAAUGCCUAUUUGGCUAAUACAUCGGAAGUAAUUGGCAAUCGUCUAUUGUAUCCCGAUACGACUCUGGACGAUUUGAGAUCACUGCUCAACCAAACAUUACACCUGACUGAACCCUUGGAAGAUGUCAAUUUCGAAUACGGUUUUAAUUCGAAUUUUUUGAAAGAACUUGUUGAAUAUUGGCGCGAUGAUUAUUUGCCGCGUUGGCGUGAACGUGAAGUUUUCCUAUGGCAAUUCAAUCACUUUACCACCGAUAUUCAAGGGCUACGUAUGCAUUUCCUUCAUUUAAUGGUCUACGAUGAAUACACGGUGAACAGACACCAUUAUCCAGUUCUCCUGUUGCAUGGCUGGCCCAGUUCAGUUCGUGAAUUUUAUAGUCUAAUUCAUAAAUUACAUCAAACGAAAAAGGAUAGAAACCAAAAAUAUAUUUUCAAUGUCAUUGUACCAAGUUUGCCAGGAUUUGCUUGGUCACAGGGCACCUCAAAACGUGGUCUUGGCCCAGCACAAAUUGCAGUCAUGAUGAGAAAUCUAAUGUUACGUCUGGGAUAUAAGAAAUUCUUUAUUCAAGGCACUGAUUGGGGUUCUAUAAUCGGGUCACACAUUGCUACACUAUUCCCUGAAAAUGUUCUUGGCUACCACUCUAACAUGUGUACCGUCUCGAGUCCCAAAUCAAUGAUUAAAGGUCUAAUAGCUGGUUCUUUCCCUGGCAUCUUUGCACCUAAAGGAUAUGAAGACUUCUUUUCUCCGGUAUCGGAAAAAAUACACUUUCUCCUAGAAGAAACAGGUUAUGCUCAUUUACAUUCAACAAAACCCGAUACAAUUGGUACCGCCUUACAUGACAAUCCAGUUGGUUUAGCGGCCUAUAUACUUGAAAAAUUCUCAACAUGGACAAAUGCUACCUAUCGUCAUCUGCCCGAUGGCGGACUUAAGAAACGUUAUAAAUUGGAUGCCCUACUGGAUAAUGUUAUGAUUUAUUAUCUAACAAACUCGAUUACGACAUCGAUGCGCAUUUACAAAGAAGCAGUAACGGAGGAACAACGGGCUCUAAAACUGGAUCGUGUUCCCACGAAUGUACCGACAGCAUGUGCCCGCUUCAAAAACGAAAUGAUGCAUUUCAUGGAUCUGCAGCUGAAGGAUAAAUAUAAAAAUUUAAUACAAAGUACCUACUACAAGGAGGGUGGUCAUUUUGCUGCCAUGGAAGUGUCUGAUAUUGUCUAUAAAGAUUUUAUAGAAUUUGUUAAAAAAGUAGAAAAAAUUAAGAAAAUUACUGGAUACAAAAGAGAAUUGUAA